AUGGCCUCGCUACGUUUGGGAGCCCCAGUGGGCCUGGCAUCUAUGCCCGCCGAGCUCGUCCUCUCUGUUGCCGAAAAUCUAACUCGCGAAUGUGAUAUCAACAGCCUUGCGCGCACCAACCGUUACUUCAAUGAUAUUCUUACGUCGCGUCUAUACGCCCACAACGUGCACCACAAUCAAUCCACUGCCCUCUUCUGGGGUAUCAAACAUCUCGAGAAGGGAACUAUAGAAAAGGCUUUAGAUGCUGGAGCUGAUAUUAAUGCGCCUGUCAAAAGCUUGGGUAGGAAUUCCAACACAACCCACCCCAUCCUCUUGGCGGUAGACAGACCACCAUACUUCCGCGAUCUCGACGAGAGGCUGCCACAAGAUCUACGGCAGAAACAUCUUUCGAUGAUACAACUCCUGAUUGAUAGCGGCGUUGAUCUUGAAUACAAAGAACAAUACCUUGGUCGAACUGCACUCCUCAUAGCCGCGUCGUGGGGAGAUGAUGAAAUCAUUCGGCUGUUGAUUGAUAGCGGUGCAAAUAUAAAUGCAGUAUGUGACAGCGGGAAUACGUUACUCUAUUAUGCUGCCGGAGCAUGCAGUGCAAAGACCAUCCACUUCCUAGUCGACAUGGGCUUGGACAUUAAUAUGCCAGGUGGAUCUCGGACACCGCUGCAUAUCGCAGCGAAUAAGUUGAACGAAGAGGCAACUCGCGCACUCGUUGAACGAGGAGCAGUUGUUGAGCCUCUCAAUUACGACACGACACCUUUCAUGCUGGCGGCAAACCGCGAAGGCAGCACACCGAUUUUGAAAUUCCUGCUGAACCAUGGGGCCAAUAUCAACUGGACCGAUAGUUUGGGGUGUACCCCAUUCCACCGCGCAACCCUGGCGAAGGAUUCUUCAGCCAUUCUCUUUUUGAUUGAUAACGGAGCCAAGGUUGACGCGAAACAGCAUGACGGGACCACUCCGCUACAUAACAUGCUCAGCCAAAGGGAUUUUAAAGAAAAGUUGCAGCUGACUAAACUCUUGCUGAAACAUGGAGCAGACGUUCAAGCUGAAAAAUCUACCGGUAGCACUCCUUUACACACCGCAGCUGCCGUCGACGACCUCAAAUGCCUUGAAUUACUGAUUGAACACGGAGCCAACGUUAACAAGCAGGACAAAUCUGGCUAUACCGCACUCCACAUCGUCGCAAACGCAGCGGGAUUGCGCAAGGAUCUCGCGGCACUCCUACUUGAAAACGGUGCAGACCUGAGGCUAAAGACCAGUUACCGCAGGUUGGCGCUAACUCCCGCCUCCUGGCGGACGAGCAGCGACAACAACUGGAUUGAAGAAGCAUGGGCUAAGUAUGGAAACAAGGAUGCAGAGGCCGCAAAGGGAACCAAGGACCAGGCUGUGACUGGCUGCUCCGACAGCUAG